UCAAGGCUGUCGCGGCGAACGCCUGCGCCUUACAUCGACUCAACCUCAACAAAAAAAAAAGUUACAAUAAAAAGCGCGCGCUCGCGAAACUGUCAAAGUUAUUUUUUAAAUAAAAGUUACUCUAUUAUUUAUUGUUGAGUAAAUCAUUAUUUUAAAAGACUAGAACUGAGCUCUCGUUUGUCUUGAGUUGUUAAUCAUCGGUUUUAGUACGAAUAACUGUUAAAUCCUCAGUGCCGGUGGAUAAUGAGUUCGCUGUGAUUGUGAGAGUUCGUCUUGGUGGCCGUUAAACAGGCCCCACAACCGCGUGUUCGCCGCGAAUCAUGCAACAGUCGUAGCAACGAACAAACAGACAGUCAAAAUGGGCCCACCAAUAAGUGCCUGGCCGACCAGAGACAUGAAAGUGCCAAAUAUAUCUAAUGAAAGUGACGAUUUAUCGCGAAAGUGUUUGUUACGAUAUCUGAACACUUUCAGAGUGUUAUGUUUAAAUUUCACAUUUGCAUUAUUAUUAUUUCAAGUGUUUUUUGGUUUUAACCCCGUGAGAGCCGGCCCUGUGAUACUCAACAUGGAUUAUUCACAAGGUCCUGUGCCACUAGCUAGAAAUAUAAGACACUUGCCCUGUAUAUCAAGAAGAACAGGACAGGAAGGUCUUUGUAUGUUCGCCAUAGAUUGCCUCAAAGCCAAUGGAUCUCACCUAGGGACCUGUAUAGACAGGUUCUACUUCGGAUCCUGCUGCCAAAUCCCAGACAAAACCAUACUACCACAAAUUAUAGGCAAUAACAUUGAAGAUAAUUCUAUAGACAGUGCUAAUUUUGUUCAUCCACAAAUUGAAGACAAAGUACAUGCAGCAACAAGCAAGAUUCCAGAUAUAUUCGCUUCCAAAAAAACUACAACGACUACAACAGAAAAAAUCGAUAAUACAGUAACUGAUAAAUCUGAAACAGUACUCGAUAGAACAGAAGCGAUUGAUUUAGAAACGAAAUCUGAUGAACAAUCGACUAUCGAUAACAAAAUAUCGAAUGACGAUGUCAAGUUCACUACAUCAGCCAUCGUAGAAACUACUGUGAGAACUGAGAAUAAAAUCACCGAGGCACCAGUCACUGAGCUACCUAUGAAGCUAUCAACGUUCCAAACAGUUUCUAGUGAAAAUAACGUUGUAACUGAGAAGCCUCAUGAAGAAGAGGUUACUAAAGUUACGACUGUAAAGCCGAAGCCUACUCGGAAACCUUCGAGGCCGACCUUUAGGCCUUCGUCACAAAAGCCAUAUAACCACACAAGACCUCAAUACACCUUAUCUACGUACAAACCAAGGCCUGUGAAGCCUGUGUACAAUACUACAAGGAAACCUCCUUACAGGCCUCCUAGCAAACGACCUGCUACAAAGAAACCUUUGCCAAUCCCUCCCAGAUUGAACAUAACAAUACUACCUCAGUCGACUAGCUCAAAACCAAUAUUCACGCGACCCUCAUCAGUAUCUAUCACUUACAUCAACACUACAGUUGCCACUUCAACAACUUCUGAACCAACCACUACAACAACAACUACAACUACAACGACAACCACAGAACCACCUCCAACAACUGUUCUAACAACUUUAGUAACAGAGAAAGUUGUUGAAGCAACUCAACCAACAACAGAAGCUGAGAAAACGACUCUUUCAUCUAUCACGGAGACAGAGAAACCAGUUGAUAAAACAACUAUUUCAGAAGGAACCAUUGAAACCACAAUAACCGAAGCUGUUAAGGAGACAACUGUGCAAGUAUCCGAAGCAACUGAGGUGGUUUCGACUACCGAAGCGGUGCAGGUGGUUACAGAAGCAGGGCAAUUGGUUACUGAAGUAGAAGCUACGUCACCUUCUGCUUCUCCUGCUUUUACUGAACCAGCUAAGGUUGAAACCUUGACCACGUUGGAAGUAUCUACUAAAGCGCCUGAGAAAGUCACUGAAUCUGAUGAAAAAUGGCCAACAGAAGGCUGGGUGCUAAUAUCUUCAAUACCACCACAAGACACCACUUCAACAACGACAACUACAACACCUGCGCCUACAACAACAACUUCAACAACAACAACACCUGCUCCUACAACAACGACAACAACAACAACUACCACAGCAGCCCCUACAACGACCACUACAACUACAACAGUUGCACCUUCGACAGAACAACAGACAGUGCAACCAUCUUCAACCACAACAACUGAGGCGCCUGCAUCAACUGUGACAACUCAACAACCUAUUUUAGAGUUUACUGUCAACGUGACCCUGUCUCCUACUAUACCGACAUCAACUCAAAGUAUUGGAUUAACAACCUUCACUUCUGUUUCAUCUGAAAAUGCAACUGAAAGUGUUAGCAAAAAUGAGACUAGUUCUAGUACUACUGAAGCUAUAAAACCUUCGGAAGAGACCACCAUAGCUACUACGUUAAUACCUGAAACCACAACUGAAAAGGUUAACAUGUCUGACUACAAAAAUGUUUGCGGCCGAAGACUCUGGCAGGCUCCUCAAGGUCGUAUCGUCGGUGGCACGAAGUCUGGCUUCGGGCAGUGGCCGUGGCAGAUCUCACUGAGACAGUACAGGACUUCCACAUAUCUUCACAAAUGUGGAGCCGCGUUACUGAAUGAAAACUGGGCGAUCACCGCAGCACAUUGUGUUGAACAUGUCCCACCAUCAGAACUUCUAGUGAGACUGGGAGAACAUGACUUGGCCCAGAGUGACGAGCCAUACGGCUUCGUGGAGAGACGAGUCCAGAUCGUGGCCAGCCAUCCACACUUCGAUCCAGCUACCUUCGAGUACGACCUGGCUUUGUUACGGUUCUACGAGCCGGUGACCUUCCAGCCGAAUAUCUUGCCGGUGUGCGUGCCUGAUGAUGACGAGGACUUCGUCGGGAAGACCGCGUACGUCACCGGUUGGGGACGACUGUUUGACGAGGGUCCCUUACCCAGCGUGCUGCAAGAGGUCCAAGUCCCAGUGAUCAACAACACGGCGUGCGAGGCAAUGUACCAGGCGGCUGGAUACAACGAACAUAUACCAAACAUAUUCAUAUGUGCUGGGAGAAGCAAAGGCGGGGCUGACUCUUGUGAAGGUGACAGUGGAGGUCCAAUGGUGGUCCGACGAGAAAGGGACGACCGAUUCGUGCUGGGCGGCAUCAUAUCCUGGGGCAUCGGGUGUGCGGAACCCAACCAGCCUGGAGUCUACACAAGAAUCUCAGAGUUCAGGGAUUGGAUCAACCAGAUACUACUCUUCUAGAACUGCUAAACUUCUCUACAAAUCAGGAAUGUUUAACUUAUUUCCUUCACACCAUCGACAGCCUAUAAAUACCCACUGCUGAGCAAAGCCUCUUCUCACACGGAGAAGGUUUGAGCAUUAAAC